UGAGAAUCCGGUUUGGGCAAGAUGUCGAGAGACGUGUUGUGUGAGCGAAGGGAAGGCGAAACGCCUUUCCCUGAUCCGGCACUUGUGAAUCAGGGAAGUUAUUACCGUCGUCCACAUAAUUUAGAGUCAACAAAGGGAAAUAAAAUGUAAUUAGCAUUAUGCAUUCUUUAGGAGCGAGCGUCAUGAUUGAAAAAUCAAGUGUAGCACACAACCACGGACUCCAUCAGCUGACAUCCUAAUUAAGAGCCUUCCAAAACUUAUCCCAUACAAAGUGGAGAGGCCGGUGUGACACAGAACGUCGGACAAACGAGAGUCCUUUCGCGCCUGUUCGUCAAGAGAAUGGUGUUUCUUGCGACUCUCGGGAUGCUUGCGUUAUAUGCCGGCCUCCUCAUAACAGUCUUCGCGAUCGCCUGGGGGAUUUAUUACGAUCAGAAGAGGAUACACAUCCCGCCGGGAAUCAAACACCCUGGAAAACUACGGCUUUAUCAUUUCAUUAUCCAGUUUUUAGGGUUUCUGGCCAUCAUCAGCGAAAAGCUUGGCAUUUGCCACAAGUAUAAAGCCCUGGCCGGUUUCUAUAGAACAAUGCCUUUGAGGAAGAGCUCGUUGUUGAUUAUCAAGAGCCUGCAUUUCGAAGACAUUCCGGUGAGAGUGUAUUGGCCCAAAGUGGCUUCUUCUGGGAAGAGGAAAGGAGUGGUGGUCAUUUCUGGAGGUGCCGGCCUUUUCGGAAACAUUUAUAUGUCUGACCAGCUAUGCUGCUACAUUGCCGAGAAAACCGAUUCAGUCGUUGUCUGCAUUGGGUUUCGUUUGGCUCCAGAGCACCCGUUCCCGAUCCCGGUUAUGGAUUGCUGCACGGCUACCACGCACUUCUUGAAAAACGCUGCGGAAUACGGAGUGGACCCAAAUUGCAUCGCUGUCUACGGAGAAAGUAGCGGAGGGACAUUUGCGACGGCUGUUUGUCAACAUCUGGCAACCAAGAAGGGACUCCCAAAGCUCCGAGGGCAGGUCCUCGUGCAUCCCUUCCUCCAGGCAUUCGAUUUCAACUUGCCUUCUUAUCAGCAGAACCAUUCGGUCCCCAUUCUGUUCAAGAAAAGGGCCUUGAAGAUGGGCAUGGUGUAUCUGACCGGGAAGAGGAUCGACGUGGACGGCUUAAUGAACAACGCUCACAUUCCCAGGCAUCUGUGGGAGAAAUACAGAAAAUGGGUCAAUCCCGACUUCAUCCCAGAACAAUUCAAGGCCAGGGGCUACGUGCCCGUGGAGAAGGCUCCGUUUUCCCCAGAACUUUAUGAACUCUGCAAAACAGGCGAUAACCCAAUGUUCUCCCCGCUUUUAGCGGAAGACGACAUCAUCCGCCAGCUCCCCGAGACCUUCCUAAUAACCUGCGAAUAUGAUACCGUCCGAGACGAUGGGAUCUUGUACAAGAAACGGCUGGAGGACAAUGGCGUCCCAGUGACGUGGCAUCACAUCGAGGAUGGCUUCCACGGAAUAACGUACGGCUUUGGCAACCGGCUACUGGAAUACCCGACUAUGAAAAGCCAUUUCCAACACGUGAUUAAUUUCCUUAACAGUUUAUAAAAACACUUCAUCCAUUUCCUUCAACACUUACCCGUUCCUCUAAUAAUUCGGCUGAUGUGAACAUUGGGUUGACCGUUGAGAAACACGUUCCUCGUAGUUCCCCAGAUGUUGAGAUACACUUAGGUACAGAUAGUAUUACAUAGAAAAUUGGGUUGACCGUUGAGGAACACGUUCCUCAUCGUCCCCCAGAUGUUGAGAUACACUCAUGAAGAGCUAGUAUUACAUAGAACAUUGGGUUGAGUGUUGAGGAACACGUUCCUCAUCGUCCCCCAGAUGUUGAGAUACACUCAUGAAGAGCU